UCUGUGAAAGAUUUGUGGGUUACUUGCAUACAGACCCCAUCCUAUAUGAUGAAUAAGAGCAUUCCUAUUGUGUUAAAACGUUUGUUGACACCAUUGAAAGUUAAAACAAUAUUCUCACUACUUGUGCAAAAAUAAUAGGCCAAAAUAAAAAAUAAAAUAAUUUACAAAAGCACUUAACUCUGGAUCUUUUCCAAAAAUUGAAAUUUUCACAGUUUUCCAAAAAUGCUCCUUUUAUUUGGGUGUGGAAAAUAUGACAUUUCACAAGAGCUUAUUUACCCAAUUCCCAUACUCAAUAAUAAAGGGACAAUUGCUUUAUUUGCACAUCUAAAUACUUUGUAUAAAAACACGAGUUAAAGGGCUUAGUCAUCAUUACAUUACCUACAGCUUUAACAAAUAUCACCAGCUCGUCAGUUGGUAUAGUGUUGCUAAUAUUCAUAGAAUAUCAGUGAGCAUUGUUACGGAGUCACUGUCAGUGAACCAGCUUGGCCACUUGAUGAUGCCUUCAGGGGACCCAAUCAGUCAAGUCACAGCAGCCACAGGUGGCAGGCCCUGUUUUACAAGGCGCAGCUCUCGCCUCCACCCACAGCCAAAAGUAAAGAAAGUCAUGCGCUGAGAGGAAUCCACACUACAUUUACCAAGGAAUCUACUUUCAGCCUAAAUAUCCUCCCCACUCUCUUGCUGCUGUGGAAUAUUGCCUUCCAUGGCAUUUCACAAGGAAGAGAGCCAGGAGGACUCACAGGAGUGUCCAGUGUGCUAUGAGUGUCUGUCGGGCACAGAGAGGACCCUGAGCUGCGGGCAUGUGUUCUGCCACGACUGUCUGGUCAAAACGCUGGUCAGCAUCAACAGCGAUGGGAACAUCAGAGACACUAUUGUUUGCCCCAUCUGCCGACAUCUUACAUUUAUCAAGAAACAAAAGGAAGCGCUGGUGUCCCUCGCAGCGGACAAGAAUCCAGAUGAAGGGCAGACACUAGAGGUGCCCCUUCCUCUGCCACCGGGACAGCUCCAGAGCGCCGGACGCCCCUCCAGGGACACUUUACCGAGGGGAGUUAAUUGGAUUGCUCACUGCUUUAGGGGAAUCUCUGAACGAGUCCGUCGACAGAGGUUGAUCAGCCCCGGCCACAAUGCGUCUCAGAUCUUUAUCAUAAGCGCUCAAGGGCGACCCAUGGCUGAAGAAGACGCGCUCAGCGUUGUGAUGACUGUGGUUCAACCCCAGCGCAGGCGAAGGCGCAGGAUUUGCACAACUGCACGAUGCCUGAUCGUUUUGCUGUCAGCAUUUACUAUACUCGCACUGGUGGCUGCAACUUUACCAUGGAUUUUGUUGGCAUAGCCCCGUGAUAUGGAUGUGUGGAUUAUGAAGUGCCAAUGAGGAAUGAUGAACUGACAUUUAUAGAAAACAUCUGGUCCAGUAUUAUUAUAUUAUAUUUACCAGUUAUGCAAUGGUGUGUGUGAGGCAGUUUUUCUUUUUCUGAUCAAAGUGUGCAUUUUAGUGAAUCAUCAACCCACUGAAAAUGUACAAUUUAGUCAAUUUAUUAAUGUGUAGGCCUACUUAAUGGUUUUAAAAUGUGAUUAGGUAUUUUCCUGAUAUUAAGGAAAAUUUAGGAAUUUUAUUGGCAUGUCCAUGUCCUUUAUGUGCAUUACCAAGCAACAGUCUAAAGUUAAGUAAAGGUUGAGAAAGCCUUGACAGCAAAGUCCUUUGUGUUGCAUUCCUAUCUGUGACAUGUUCUACCUGUUUAUGAGAAGCAAACAUGCAGGAAAAGCUUCAACUAAGCACAUUCAAAAGUUUGUAAAUUCAAGAGAGGACAUUUUGAGAUUAUAAUUAAUAAUAAUCAACAAUUAGAAAAAUAUUUGUUAAGGAAAAAAAGCAUUUAAAUAAAAACCAUUUAUCUGACUUAAUCCCAUUGUUGUUAAAGCAGCUCAGUUCAUUGUUGAGUUACCCUGUUGUUGGAUACACUGUUUCCAAGCAACUUUAGGACUGAAAACUGUAGCAGAGCUACAACAUCUAUCCCAACUUCAGGAUUAUUUUAGUCAGGUUACAUUUUGGCAGCCAGACAUGAGCUUUGUAAAGUGAAGAAGGCAAGUGUCAUAAUAAAGACCAUGUUAAAAUAUG